AUGAAGUACAGCAUGUUUUUCCUACGGAGAAGGACGCUGAUUCUCAAAGCUGUCUUGAUUUUGACCGCUCUAUGGUUUAUGGUGGCGCUAUUAACCACAAACGGAGCGGCAAGAAAUGCGAUCGGCGCUCCGCCAAUAGAAUAUGAGGAUGCGGAAGCAAAACCUCUUAAGAUGGCUAAACCAACAGCCACCAAGAGAAAAAGCGAAUCGUACGGGAAUAAUUUAUCAGACGCACGAACGAGGGUCGAUUGGAUCGGUCGCAUCGCAGGGAAGGAAGGUCUCGGCGUGAUCGCCGCACCCGGAUCGGAUAAUGCGCCCGGGGAGCUCGGAAAACCUGUAAUCCUCCCCAAGAACAUGAGCGAGGAGGCGAAAACCGCCGUCUCUGAAGGAUGGAAAAAGAACGCGUUCAAUCAGUACGUGAGUGACCUGAUAUCGAUUAGAAGGAAGCUCCCCGACCCGAGGGACGAGUGGUGUAAGCAGCCGGGUCGUUAUCUAGAGGACCUGCCGCAGACGUCUGUUGUUAUAUGCUUCCACAACGAAGCCUGGUCUGUGCUACUGAGGACAGUUCAUUCAGUCAUCGACCGGUCGCCCCCGCAUUUAAUAAAGGAGAUCGUUCUUGUCGACGAUUUCUCCGAUAUGCCACAUUUGAUGCAGCAGCUAGAUGACUACAUGUCCGCAUUACCCAAAGUUCGCAUAGUUCGUGCGGCACGGCGUGAAGGUCUCAUCAGAGCACGUUUACUCGGAGCCCGAUACGUCACAGCCCCCGUCUUGACUUAUCUCGACAGCCAUUGCGAAUGCACAGAAGGUUGGCUGGAACCUCUGUUGGACAGAAUUGCACGUAACAAGACUACUGUGGUCUGUCCAGUAAUUGACGUUAUCGACGACAACACGCUCGAAUAUCACUACAGGGACUCAUCAUCGGUCAAUGUUGGCGGUUUUGACUGGAAUCUCCAGUUCAAUUGGCACCCGGUGCCGGCUAAAGAAAGAGCGAGACACAAACAUACCGCCGAGCCCGUCUGGUCUCCGACUAUGGCCGGUGGCCUGUUCGCGAUAGACAAAGACUUCUUCGAAAGACUCGGAACGUACGACAGCGGCUUCGACAUAUGGGGAGGUGAAAAUUUGGAGCUAUCCUUCAAAACGUGGAUGUGCGGCGGAACUUUAGAAAUUGUUCCGUGCUCCCACGUAGGUCAUAUAUUCAGAAAACGAUCGCCGUAUAAAUGGAGAACUGGCGUGAACGUGCUCAAAAAGAACUCAGUUAGGUUGGCUGAGGUAUGGCUGGACGACUACGCAAAGUAUUAUUAUCAGCGAGUAGGUAAUGACAAAGGUGAUUACGGUGACAUUAGCAGCCGAUUAGCGUUGCGGGAGACUCUCGGGUGCAAAUCGUUUGAGUGGUAUUUGAAGAACAUUUACCCGGAGCUAUUUAUUCCGGGCGAAUCAGUGGCGCACGGCGAGAUUCGAAAUGUCGCCUUCCAAAAGACUUGUCUGGAUUCGCCGACGCGGAAGUCAGAUCACCAUAAACCCGUCGGACUUUAUCCGUGUCACCGGCAAGGAGGAAACCAGUAUUGGAUGUAUUCGAAGAACGGCGAAAUCCGUCGUGAUGAAACCUGCCUCGACUAUUCGGGCCACGACGUCGUCCUCUAUCCGUGUCAUGGAGCCAAGGGCAACCAAUUAUGGCUGUAUGACCCCAACACAAAGUUACUGAAGCACGGUUCAAGUGAAAAGUGUAUGGCAAUCAACCGGAAUAAGGACAAGAUCGCAAUGGAGACGUGUAAGGAAGGUGAAUCGAGGCAAAUGUGGAACAUGGAGAACUUCAACGCUGACAGACUGAGUCCCGAGCUGACGGCCGAGUAG